AUGUUCCAGACAAACACCGAGUAUGACCGCGGCGUCAACACAUUCUCACCAGAGGGGCGACUUUUCCAAGUCGAGUACGCCAUUGAGGCCAUCAAAAUGGGAACGACAGCUAUCGGUAUCCGCUGCAAGGAAGGGGUGGUGCUCGCUGUGGAAAAGCGACUGACGUCACCGCUGCUGGAGCCGAGCAGUAUUGAGAAGAUUAUGGAAGUCGACCGUCACGUGGGUGCUGCCAUGAGCGGCAUCACUGCCGACGCACAGACGCUGAUCGAUCACGCACGCGUCGAAGCCACUAACCACUGGUUCUCGUACAACGAGCCGGUGCGGGUGCAGGCGCUGACGCAGUCCAUUUGUGACUUGGCCUUGAGCUUCGGAGAAGGCUCAGACGAGAACAACCACAAACAGAAGAUGAGCCGUCCGUUCGGUGUGGCGCUGCUGCUCGCUGGCGUGGACGAGUCGGGCCCGCAGUUGUUCUUCUCGGAACCCUCAGGCACAUACUGGCCCGUGAAGGCCCAUGCCAUCGGCUCUGGAGCGGAAGGUGCUUUCAACAACCUCAAGGAAGGCUAUACGGAGGAGCUGACGUUGCAGGACGCCGAGACACUUGCCAUCGGCGCUCUAAAGCAGCACAUGGAGGAGAAGCUCACUAGCAUCAACGUGGAACUGGCGAUCGUCACGCGCGAACAGGGCUUCCACGUAUGCACUGCGGAAGAGCUAGAAGUCGUAAUCAACCGGCUGUAG